AUGCAGCAGCAGCAGCCGGGCGGCAGCGUGCGGGUCAGCGGCCGCGUUACCUACUCUCGCCUCUUGGAGUUUGUGGAUGAGGGCUCUGUGAAGCGGGUGGACUUCUAUGAUCUCGGCCGAACAGCAGUAGCCACCGUUAUGGUAGCUGGCCGCGAGCAGCAGCUGGUGUGCGACUUGCCAGGAGCCACAACUGGCCUGAUCGACAAGCUGGUCUCUAAGAACAUUGCCAUCGAGGCUAG